UAGCCUCUAUUCCCACCUCCCGUCUCCGUGGUGCCCUUCCCUUCGCUUCCGGCGUUGCCGUGGGCGGGCAUCUUCCGCUUCCGGUUUUCUAGUUCCGGGUUCCCCGGCCGAGGUGGUGAUGGCGGCGGCCUCUUCCUCCUCUUCCUCUUCGGCGGCGGGGUGCCGGGACGGCCCAGCGGGGCCUGGCUGGAGCGAUUCCCAGUUCCGCCAUUACUCUUUCGAGACGCGGCCCAUCCCGCGCCUCAGCCACAGCGACCCCCGCGCCGAGGAGCUCAUCGAGAACGAGGAGCCAGUGGUGCUGACAGAUACAAAUCUGGUUUAUCCUGCCCUGAAGUGGGACCUGGACUACCUCCAGGAAAACAUUGGCAAUGGGGACUUCUCAGUGUACAGUGCCAGUACACACAAAUUUUUGUACUAUGAUGAAAAGAAGAUGGCCAAUUUUAAGAAUUUCAAACCUAAGUCAAGUAGGGAAGAGAUGAAGUUUGCUGAGUUUGUGGACAGACUUCAAGAAAUACAACAAAAAGGGAGUGCUGAGAGACUUUACCUGCAGCAAACUCUGAAUGACACGGUUGGAAGGAAGAUUGUGGUGGAUUUCCUUGGCUUCAACUGGAACUGGAUUAACAAACAGCAGGGGAAACGUGGCUGGGGUCAACUGACUUCUAACUUGCUGCUCAUUGGCAUGGAAGGGAAUGUGACACCAGCUCAUUAUGACGAGCAGCAAAACUUCUUCGCUCAGAUUAAGGGUUACAAGAGGUGUAUCCUUUUUCCUCCUGAUCAGUUUGAAUGCCUCUACCCUUAUCCUGUGCACCACCCAUGUGACAGACAGAGCCAGGUGGAUUUUGACAAUCCUGACUAUGAGAAGUUCCCAAAUUUCCGGAGCGUGGUUGGCUACGAGACGGUGGUGGGUCCAGGGGAUGUGCUGUACAUACCUAUGUACUGGUGGCACCACAUCGAGUCUCUCCUGAAUGGUGGGAUUACCAUCACUGUGAACUUCUGGUACAAGGGUGCCCCGACCCCAAAGAGAAUUGAAUAUCCAUUAAAGGCUCAUCAGAAAGUGGCGAUAAUGAGAAACAUUGAGAAGAUGUUGGGAGAAGCCUUAGGAAGUCCACAAGAGGUGGGUCCCUUGUUGAAUAUGAUGAUUAAAGGACGGUAUGACUAAAUGCCUGGCUGCCCAGGUGACUGAUGUUGCAGCUGCUUUGUUCACAAGCAAUGGAAGAUACUGAGAGCUAGUAUUGCACGCAGCACUUAACAGACUGAUGGGUUUCCUGGCCCAUCCCUAUCCCUGCCCCACUACAAUAAAGGGGGCUACUGGAACUGCAAUACCAUUAGUACCCCGAUCAUCCUCCACUGUCAUCUGAUUGAACCUCCCAAGAAAGAGUCUGCACUUACUGGAAGCUGGAUUCAUGCUCACUAACUUUUUUUUCUUCCUCUGCUCUGUUUGCCACAAAAAGAAGCAUGGCUUCUGGCACUCAGAUGUUGCUUCAGGAUUUUCAGGCAUUUGAAGAAGAGUUUGAAGGGGAACUGGGAUCGAUUGUGUUUCCUCAGCCUCAUGGGGUUUGGGCCUCUUGGCUGGGUUUACAUGUUGGUGCCUGCAGUGGAUAUGUAAUGGAAAGUGACAGGUUUCACAGUUCUUUGUUAUUAGAAGACCUGUCCGUGCUCAACUCUGGCACCUUUUUGUAUAGCAGAGGUGAAAAAGUGAAAUGAUCUUGUAUGAUGAGUAACUGGACAAAUGAUUCAGUUUCUUUAACUCAAGACAUCUGUGCUUGAGACUUUGUACAGGGUAGAGAGGUGAAAGUGAAUUAAUCAAGUAUGUGAGCACCAAUUCCUGUGCUCUCCAAGUGUCUGUUGUAGGAGUCUAGAUAAAUCUUCAAUCUGACAGCAGUUUUAGGGAGUGAAGACUUCUCUCCCACUCUUAAGCUGCAGUGUUUUAAAAGGGGAUGAAGAAUUGUGAAGUGAGAUAGAUAUAUGUCAGGCCAGUCUUUGAGUCUUGACUGAUCAAGCCAUGUCUGAAAAAAAAAAUUCUGUGGUAGUGCUGAGAGAGACUAUAGAGAUACAGUGUCAGACAGGUACAAAGUCUCCUUUAUCCCCAUCAGGGAUGCCAGCUCCUCAGACAUUUUGCCCUUUUUACCAAACCUGCAAAAACUCAAGUGUGUGUGGCUGCACACAUGUUUGUGUGAUGUUGUAUGGUUCCUGUCCAUCAGUUUAAUCCAUGCCAGUGUGAUGUUCUCUUCCUUGUGUAGUCACUUGAAAGAGGUCAGGGCUUCCUGUUUAAUUGUAAUUAAGUUUAUUUUAAUCCUUCUUGCAUUCUGGAACUUGGCAUGGCUGGAAGUGACAAGACUGGGGCAGAGGAAUAAGAGGAGCUUCUGGUUGAGUUCUCAGCAGUCACCCUAAAAAAUCAUUUUGCUUUCUUCCAUCUCUGCUGCAAAAAAACAAAACAAAACAAAAAAAAAAAAGCCAAACACCUUAGGCUCAUAUGGAGGCUGGCUUUUUAUUGCCCAGAGUGCACUGCAGUGCUGUUCCUGAUUUGGAGAUAGUGCCAAGGACUUGUAUAUCUAAUGCAGUUGUAAUGGGUCCUAAGAGUAUAGAUGGGAGAAGCUAUUUUUUU